UGCCUUUUUUUUUUUCCCUCCUUUGUAUAUAUAUUUCUUUUCCUUCUGAUUUUCCUGACCCAUUCUUUCUCUCCUCAUGGCGCCGAGCACCGGAGACCUCCAACUAACUUCCGCCGGCGCCGGCAAAGAUUCCGACGAACUCGAAGAUGUUCGCCUCCUCGAUUCCUACGAACAACUCUACAUCGAACACGAUGAAACGAAGCGGAUUCAGGUUAGAAUCACCGGCAUGACCUGCGCCGCGUGUUCCAACUCCGUCGAAACCGCUCUCAGGUCCGUUAACGGCGUAACAGAGGCUUCCGUUGCUCUUCUUCAAAACAAAGCUGACGUCAUUUUCAAUCCAAGCCUCGUCAAGGAUGACGACAUUAAGAAUGCGAUUGAAGACGCAGGUUUUGAGGCGGAGAUCUUGCAGGAGUCCGGUCCGGCGGACCGCGUGGUGGGGCAGUUCACGAUCGGCGGGAUGACCUGUGCGGCUUGUGUGAAUUCUGUUGAGGGCAUUUUGAGGAGGCUUAAUGGAGUGAAAAGAGUGGUGGUGGCUUUGGCUACUUCAUUGGGGGAGGUCGAGUAUGAUCCCAAUGUGAUUAGCAAAGAUGAUAUUGUGGCGGCCAUUGAAGACGCUGGUUUCGAGGGUUCGUUUGUGCAGAGUAAUGGGCAGGAUCAGGUUGUGUUGGGGGUUGGUGGUGUCUACUCUCUGGCUGAUGCUCAGGUUUUGGAAGGGAUGCUCAGUGGCACUAAAGGGGUGAGGCAGUUUCGGUUUGACCCGGUGUUGAAUGAGCUUGAUGUGGUUUAUGACCCUGAAGUUAUUAGUUCGAGGUCAUUGGUUGAUGGGAUCCAGUUGGGAAGUAAUGGUAAGUUUAGAUUGCAUGUUAGGAAUCCAUACGCUAGAGUGACUUCCAAAGAUGGUUCGGAAACCUCAACUAUGUUUCGGCUUUUCAUUUCCAGCCUGUUUCUCAGUAUUCCUCUAUUCUUCAUUGGGGUAAUCUGUCCUCAUAUUCCGUUUGUUUACUCCUUGUUACUUUGGAGAUGUGGGCCUUUUCUCAUGGGUGAUUGGUUAAAGUGGGCGUUGGUUAGUGUCAUUCAAUUUGUGAUUGGGAAACGCUUCUAUAUAGCGGCUGGAAGAGCUCUAAGAAAUGGUUCAACAAACAUGGAUGUUCUGGUUGCUUUGGGAACUACAGCCUCUUAUGUUUAUUCCGUUUGUGCUCUUCUAUAUGGUGCCCUUACAGGAUUUUGGUCUCCAACAUACUUUGAAACAAGUGCUAUGCUUAUAACAUUUGUAUUGCUCGGCAAGUAUUUGGAGUGCCUUGCCAAGGGAAAGACAUCUGAUGCUAUUAAGAAGCUAGUGGAACUUACUCCAGCAACAGCUUUAUUGGUAGUCAAAGAUAAAGGUGGUAGAACUAUUGAAGAAAGGGAAAUAGAUUCCUUACUCGUUCUACCUGGUGACACAUUAAAAGUUCUUCCUGGUACAAAGAUUCCUGCUGAUGGCAUUGUUACUUGGGGCUCAAGUUAUGUAAAUGAGAGUAUGGUGACUGGUGAAUCAACACCAGUUUCGAAGGAGGUCAAUGCAACUGUUAUUGGAGGUACAAUUAAUAUGCAUGGUGCCCUUCACAUUCAAGCCACCAAAGUAGGAUCAGAUACAGUUUUGAGUCAGAUAAUUAGUUUGGUGGAGACAGCCCAGAUGUCCAAAGCUCCCAUUCAAAAGUUUGCUGAUUAUGUAGCAAGCAUAUUUGUUCCUACGGUUGUGAUUUUGUCAUUAUUGACACUACUGUGCUGGUAUAUAGCUGGGGCUCUUGGAGCGUACCCUGAAAAAUGGCUGCCAGAAAAUGGAAAUCACUUUGUUUUUGCCCUUAUGUUUUCAAUAUCUGUUGUGGUGAUUGCAUGUCCAUGUGCACUUGGUUUGGCAACACCAACUGCUGUCAUGGUGGCAACAGGGGUUGGGGCCAACAACGGCGUGUUAAUUAAAGGAGGAGACUCCUUGGAAAGGGCUCAGAAGGUGAAAUAUGUCAUAUUUGACAAAACAGGCACUCUAACUCAGGGGAAAUCCACUGUUACUGCUGCGAGGGUAUUCACAGGAAUGGACCGCGGAGAAUUUCUUACAUUGGUGGCUUCUGCUGAGGCUAGCAGUGAACACCCUCUGGGGAAAGCAAUAUUGCAAUAUGCCCGCCAUUUUCAUUUCUUUGAUGAGUCUUCGCCUGUCAGUGGUACCAAGAAUGAUGCUGGGGAGUUCAAGUCAGGGUGGCUUUAUGAUGUCUCAGACUUCUCUGCUCUUCCAGGACGGGGUGUCCAGUGUUUUCUAGAUGGGAAGCGUAUUUUGGUCGGUAACCGGAAGCUGCUGGAAGAAAAUGGCAUAGAGAUUUCUACAGAAGUGGAAAAUUUUGUUGUAGAGCUUGAAGAAAGUGCAAAGACAGGGAUACUGGUAGCAUAUGAUGAUGUAUUAACUGGAGUCUUAGGGAUUGCAGACCCACUCAAGAGAGAAGCUUCUGUUGUUAUAGAGGGCCUCCGGAAAAUGGGAGUCAUACCCGUUAUGGUUACAGGAGAUAACUGGAGAACAGCUCGAGCUGUUGCCAAAGAGGUUGGGAUUGAAGAUGUUAGGGCAGAGGUUAUGCCUGCAGGAAAGGCUGAUGUUGUUCGUUCAUUCCAAAAAGAUGGAAGUAUAGUUGCAAUGGUUGGUGAUGGAAUCAAUGACUCGCCAGCAUUAGCUGCUGCAGAUGUAGGUAUGGCAAUUGGGGCAGGGACAGAUGUGGCUAUAGAAGCUGCUAACUAUGUGCUGAUGAGAGAUAACUUGGAAGAUGUGAUCACAGCCAUUGAUCUUUCCAAAAAGACCUUCUUUCGCAUUCGAUUGAAUUAUGUAUUCGCGAUGGCAUACAAUGUUGUUGCUAUACCUGUUGCUGCAGGAGUUUUCUUCCCUUCUUUGAGGAUCCAGCUGCCACCAUGGCUUGCUGGUGCAUGCAUGGCUAUGUCAUCUGUUAGUGUGGUAUGUUCUUCUCUGCUUUUGAGAAGAUACACAAGGCCCAAACUCACCACAAUACUUGAAAUUCUUGUAAAGUAACCAUUAUUCAAACAGAGAAUCUUCUGUGGGUACAAAUCAGUUCGAUGACCCAUUGUAAUUGUAGCUGCCAAUUCAUUGUAAAGGUUUUUGAAAUUGCAUAGCUCUUCCUCUCCACACACUCAAUUUCACAUGUUUCUGUAUAGAUUACAAAUCAUUUACGAGUUUAUAUAUAUUAGCUGUUGGUCAUGUCUGGUGUAAA